GAUCAUGCUGAUUUGUGCCAAGCGGUCACUUUAUGCUGCUUUCUCAGUGCUGCCCUAUGGAGACAGUACUCACCUCAGUGACCUGAAGCUGGACUCUCAGAGACAAAGACUGUCUUCUGUGGUGGCCGCCGAUCUGCUUCCUUCUCUGGAAGGUGUGGAGCUGGGGGCCUUUGGGAAGACCGUGUCCUACGCACAGUUCCUCUACCCGACCAACGCCUUGGUGAGACAGAAGAGCAGCAGUGUGUCGGACAGCUGCACAACGCAGACCCCUCAGACUCGUUACCGUGGCAACGGCCAAAGAAGCCUCGUCCCAUCUCGCGUGAACAUCAGCACUGCACAGGACCCAUAUGUGGAGGAAACCGAUUAUGACCCAAACCUGCUCAGUGACCCUCAGUGGCCCUGCGGGAGGCACAAGAGGGUUCUUAUCUUCGCUUCUUAUGUGACGACUGUUAUCGAGUACGUGAAACCAUCUGACCUGAAGAAGGACAUGAAUGAGACAUUCAGGGAGAAGUUUCCUCACAUCAAGCUGACACUGAGCAAAAUAAGGAGCCUGAAGCGAGAGAUGAGGGCUGUGAGUGAGGAGUGCAGUCUGCAGCCCGUCACCAUAGCGAUGGCUUUUGUUUACUUUGAGAAGCUGGUGCUGCAAGGUCGUCUCAACAAGCAGAACAGGAAACUGGUGGCGGCUGCGUGCGUCCUGCUGGCGGCAAAGAUCAGCAGCGACCUGCGCAAACCAGAAGUCAAACAGCUGAUUGAUAAGCUGGAGGAGCGUUUCCGUAUAAACAGACGGGAGCUGAUUCCUCUGGAGUUCUCCGUACUGGUUGCCCUGGAGAUGGGACUGUACCUCCCCGAGAGCAAGGUCAUGCCGCAUUACCGCAGACUGGCGCAGCAGGGCUAGAGCUGCAGCUCCUCGGACGACGCGGAUCAACCAGCGUAUAAGCUGUGCCGUUUCUAUUUAUUUUCACUGUAAUAUGAAGCGUGUGUGUGUGUGUGUGAUCUAGUGAUGAGCUCUAUGUUAGAGAUGUUCAGUGAGCACAUUGAUUGUGCAUUUAUUUUGGUUUCUGGUGACUUAAAAACACAAAGUAUUUCUACCUUUGGUUUAAAGUGAAUGCACACGGUGAUCUGUGCAUUUCCAGAAGAAAAAAAAAACUGCACCUUUUAUUUUUACUCUACAUUCUUAAAUUAUUUAUUUGAACUAAUUUAAAAAUAAACAUGUAGAUUUUGUAGAAGCCUUGUCAACACACUGUGACGCUGAAGCAUUUUUACUCAACUGACUCUGUGGAUACAAAUGAACUUUAAUGGAGGAAGUUGCCUUUAAUGUUCAGUCUGUCAAUAAUCCAGAUAUUCUUGCUGAAUUUCAAUAGUUCGGACUCCUGUGGCAGCUCUGAUUGUGUUGGUUGUACCACCGUGGUAUUUUUUAACGUCUCGUGUCAUUACCCAGGGAUGGUUUGUGAAAUGCACUGGUAUGAAUUCCUCUCUAGUCUUGGUCACAUUUCAGUUCUCAGGAAUUGUACUUUCUUUGCGUUGAGUAGCACAUAAGAACCAGCCCAAAGACAUUCACACAGUAGCUUUCAGUGUUUUGAUUGUAGGGACACAAAAGCGUCUUCGUGUUCAUGAAUACACGUUUGUGUGUGGUCAGCAGCUCUUUGGGGUUUAGAUGAACUGUUGUGGAAAAAGUGCCUGAAACCACAGUGACGAUGAAAGGAUUAGUAAUUCAGUCCAACGUGGUGUUUAGCGUCGGUAUUUCUUCAUCUCGCUGUGACUUUUCAUCCAACUUAGAUGAUCAAACUUCUGUCGUGGGAAAUAUUUAUAUUACAGAUCUGUGUAAGUCAACAUGAAUGUAUGUCUCCUAAAAUUAAAGUCUCUGAAAUUGUCA